AAAGGGAGCGCUGUAGCCCAUUUAUCAAACCACACAGGAUGCUCUUAUUAUCUUCCUCUGACCUCUUUUCUCAUGUCUGUUUGUAAUUGUUUUUGUCUGGUUGCUGUUUACUUCAAGCAACGAAGAAGAAUAGACUACAAGUAAACCUCCUCUUGUUACAAAGCUGAGUUAAUGUCCUCCCCAGAGAGUGACACACGCUCACUCACAGAGCUACACUGAGAGGAGGAGCAACACUGAAACAGGAGAGCUUCAACUUCACAGAACGAAAGUAAAAGUUAGUGUGAGCAGAGCUGCGGUCCAGACAGCGUCUCUGUUUCUCUGAAGAAACAACUGAAUCCAGCAGCUUCUUCUCAACAACAGCAGAACCUCUGAAAUACUGAGUGUAGACAUGUCUGCUGCCAGCUGUCUGCUGACUGAAGAUCAGUUUCUGUGCUCCAUCUGUCUGGAUGUGUUCACUGAUCCAGUCACCAUACCAUGUGGACACAACUUCUGUAAAGCCUUUUUCUCUCUCUUGAUCCUCUUUAGUCUUUAUAGUGCUUAGCAUUGGUCUGUACUACUGUUAUAUUGACCUCUGAAAUGUCCCAUUUGACCAAUCAGAAUCAAGCAUUCAACUAAAGGCCCUGACACACCAAAGAACACAUCCCGACGGACCCGACUGUUGUGUCGCCUCACGUCUCCUGUGUCUUGGUAAAAAAGUCGCACUGGAACACACCGCAAAGACUUCAGCCGACAGCCAAGAAGCACGUACGCACUGCGCAUACGGCGUGAGUGGCAAUAACUCUCCUUACCAGCAGGCGGCGGAAGUGUAUAUUCGUCAUUCAAAAGAGGCAACAACCGGAAGACAGACUGCGUGAUAUAUACAAACAACAAAUAGCAAAUAGCCAUCAAAUCCAAAGACGCACGUUAAUGGUGACAUGGAACAGGGACAACUCAGUGAUCAUGGGAAGUCCUGCACAGAUCUCAAAACCGUGACACCCGUCAGUCUGCUCUCCAUAUCCUCCGCACCAUUUGUUCCUAUGACUUACUGAUGUGAGCCUGAGGGAUAAGUGGAGAAGAGUUCUCAGGACAAAAUAAGGACAGAGCAUGUUGCCAAGCUUUACCUGGAGAUGCUUGCAGCCGGAUUAUCAUUAAGGAGCGGAGCUUUUGCAUCUCACAGUUGAGGAAGAUCAGUAACAGAGGAACCCAGACUCAUGAGGAGCCUGACAAAGGUCUACUGGACUUUACAUCAUUCAAAAAGAAGAGAUGCCAGGUAGGACAGAAGAAUGAAAGAGGAGAUUAAGGCGAGACAGACUAGAGAAGAUAAAGUGAAGGCUACACUAAGGCAAACAGUUUGAUAGAUGGAAUGAGUAGUAGAGAGGCAGGCAGAAAUAAAAUAAAAUACUACCAUUAAAGAAAAGCCAGAAGAAGAUACCGCUCCACGAGAGUAAAUGUCUAGAAGUAUCCAGAGAAUAGGUGAUCUCAGGUUUGGAAGAUCAGCAAAAAACAGUAUUCGCGAUGUUCAUGAACUUCCGUCGUAUUCACAAGUGCCAGUUCGUGCAGCUGCUGACCGCAUGCAUGGGGCUGUGUGUGGUGAUGGUCAGCUGGGAGGAGCUGGACCACCAUGUGGUCAGCCACAUGAGAUCCUACACGUACCGCUACCUGGUCAACAGCUACGACUUCCUCAACUCUAACUUCAACAUCACCUCCAACCGUCACAGAAAGGAUGGUUCUACUAACGUGUUGCUGACCUACCCGUACCUCAUCAACCAUCCAGGGAAAUGUGCAAGGGGAGAUGGGAAAAGCGGGGAUGACGUCCUCCUUCUUCUGUUUGUGAAAUCAUCGCCAGAGAACUUUGAGCGGCGCCAAGCCAUCAGGGACACGUGGGGGAACGAGAGCUUUGUUUGGUCCGAACUGGGAGCCACCAUGCGGAUGGUGUUCGCCCUCGGUGUGGACACAAAGCAGAGAUCCAGGGUGCAGAGAGCACUGCUACAGGAGGACCAGACCUACGGAGACCUGAUCCAGCAGGACUUUUUGGAUACCUUCCACAACCUCACAGCCAAACUGAUCACGCAGUUCCACUGGGUCCACGACUACUGCCCUCAGGCACGCUUCCUCAUGUCUGCAGAUGACGACAUCUUCGUCCACAUGCCCAAUUUGGUGAAGUACCUAAGGCAGCUUCUGAGAAAUAAAUCAGGGGUCAAAGACUUUUGGGUGGGGCAUGUACAUAGAGGAGCCCCUCCAGUUCGCCGCAAAGAAAGCAAAUACCACAUCCCCUAUGAUCUGUACCCCUGGCCUUCCUACCCGGACUACACGGCUGGAGCGGGGUACGUGGUUUCAGGAGAUGUGGCCGCUAAGAUCUACCAGGCCACUCAGGUGCUGAACUCCUCCAUUUACAUUGACGAUGUCUUCAUGGGGAUUUGUGCCAAAGCCAUGGGGGUCUCUCCCCAGGAGCAUGUGUACUUUUCAGGUGAGGGCAAGGCUCUGUAUCACCCCUGCAUCUAUGACCACAUGAUCACAUCGCACGGUCACGCCACAGACGUUCGGUCACUGUGGCAGGCAGCUACAGACCCUGCAGUGUACGGCAAGUCCAGAGGAUUUAUGGGUAAUCUGUACUGCACAGCGGUGAGGGCGAUGAUGCUGUGUCGGCCAUAUUACCAGAACUCUUACUCCUGUAAGGCUGCUUUUACAUAAAUGAUCCUCAGGUAACGCAAGGACUGCUUAAUGCUAAAUGUUUGCAGACAAAGAAAUGAUGGAACUUUACUCAAACAGUCUGCCAUGCUGUUUUUCUUUAAUGUGAUAUGUAAGUGUUUACUUGGCUAACUUGCCACACACCACCAAUGCUACAGCUUGAGCCAAGCAGCACAGGGAUGAACUAUGCCAAUAUUUUUAACAGUAUCAGUGCAGUGCCUUUUCAGUGGGGCAAGAUAUAGCAAAUAUGUGUGCCUAUCCUGCUAUUUGUGUGAUUUCUUUUAAUCACACAGCGUUAAGAACAAAUUAAAAUGUGCCUAUAACUGUCAGCUGCAGCCCUAGUAUUAUCAUUGGUUUAACUACUAACAGUAUAUAUUUAAAACAUGUUAAAAGGACCAUCUUGAAUAGCUACAACAGUAAAAUACUUCUAGGCAGAUUGUGGAGGAUAAUGGGAGAAUGAAGCCAACCUCACGUAUGAAAGGUUACAUGUCAAUAGAGGGGCAGAAACCGUCUUGCAAAUGUACAUUCCAAUCUUGAACAAUGAACAGCGGUAGACAGUGUUGAAGAAAGGAAGAAAAUGGAACAAUGUAUUAUUAUAUAAAGCUUGAAUAUGCAAAAAAACUGUGUUAAAACUCUGAAUGCCAUAGUCAUGUAUCGUAUAGUUUAACGCUUUAGCAAUAUAAACAGGAUGUAUAACAACAAUCCUUAAAAACAUAGGAACUCAUAAAGACCUGUACUACGCACUUACUCUUUCGAGGAGAUGAACUUUCUAUGCACUUCCCCUUUCGAGGAGAACAUCAUGUUACACAUGUUAUGUAUUUCCUUGCGGGAAGUGAACAUUUAACCGCAGCAACGAAGAAGGACACCUCUAGCGCACCGGCUUGCACGCAAAGCAUGUGACAAACCACGUGUCAAACCAUGUGACAAGCCACGGGAAAGAAGAGGAUAAAAGAAGACUGAAGAACACAAAAUCUGAGAUAUAAUAUGUAUUCGAGCUAAACGCAUUUCAUUUUUUAUUGAUGUGUGGUGUUAUAACUUGUGAAACUUUAAUAAAACUACCUGUUCACACUUGUGAGAGGAAACUAAA